AUGACUGACGCCCAACCCCCCAAAUCUCCCAAAGCUGGGAAGACGCCCUCUCCCCAGCCCCCAUCGUCACCUAUUAGUCCUCGGUUGGGGAAUAUUGAUGCACCAAUCGAAGCUGAUACUGCGGAUGCGGACUCAGUCUACGCCUCAUCCGUGGUCACAGACACGACAUCGCUCCGAUCGUCCAUCCUUGCCUACAAGUGGGAGCACGGCCGACGUUAUCAUGCCUACCAGGACGGCGCAUAUUGGGGGCCUAAUGACGAGAAGCAGCAAGAGGCGGAAGAUUUGUCGCACGAGAUGUUCAAAAUUAUACUCAACGGUCUUACUCUAGCGCCUAUAAGUGAUGAUGUCCAGAAUGUUCUCGACGUUGGCUGUGGCACAGGGGCGUGGGCAAUUGAAUUCGCCGACGCCCAUCCAUCCUCUCAAGUUAUCGGUGUGGAUCUCUCGCCGAUUCAACCCUCGUUCGUCCCGCCCAACUGCAAGUUCGAGGUCGAUGAUGUCAUCAAAGACUUCACCUAUCCCGACAAUUACUUCGACUACAUCCACAUCCGAUCCAUGACAGGAUGCAUUCCUGACUGGGUCCAAUUUCACCGCAAGGCCCUCAAGCACCUCAAGCCCGGCGGCUGGACGGAGCACAUCGAAAAUUCCGGUGUCGUGAGAUCGGACGAUGGAACACUCGGCCCAGCCAUGGCACAAUGGUGGGGUAUUUUCGACAAGAUCGGCAAAGCGACGGGGAAAACCUUUGGCAUCGCCGAAACGCUUCCUGAUGUUCUCAAAGAAGCCGGCUACACCAACAUAGUGGAACGCCGAAUCAAGAUUCCUAUCGGGACUUGGCCCAAGAAUCCCGAUCUCAAGCAUUGGGGAGCGUGGAAUCGCCAGUUUAUCUUACAAGGAGUCGAAGGCUUUUCGAUCCGUGGACUGACGGACUGUUUGGGCUGGACGUAUGAAGAAGCUCAGUUAUACCUCGUCAGCCUCCGGAAGGAAUUAACAGACCCUAAGAUUCACGCUUACUUGGAACUAGCCUUUUAUGCUGGACAGAAGCCCGAGGCCGCCGAGGAAUCCACAGCUGCGUAA